UUAGCAGCUGAAUCACGAGGCGGUUUGACAAUACCAAUGGCUCAAUAGUCGGGGCUUCAAUGGAUCACGGCCCUCAUAUAUAUGAGCGUUACCCAGCAGCCCCAUUGACCAUUCUCCCAGCUGCUCAUUCCCAAUUUCCGUGAGAAUCUCAGGUAUAUAAACCACCCCGACCACGCAAAAGUCGUGAAAAUGCCACCCAUCGAACCAGAAUAGUUGAGCAGCAAGUCAAGCUCGGAAAGGACAAGUAAUUGCCACACGCAAGCCAACUCCAGCCAAACAUGUCGUCAGACCCCAGCGAUCCCAAAGAGUACUUCACGCUUUACCGCGAUGGCAGCCUCGGCAGCGCCCUAAUCGAAGCAAUCGACGAGCUCAUCAUCGCCGGCCGCUUCCCCAUCAUCCCUGGCGUCGCCCCGGACCACCCUGUUGACCUAAGCAGUGAGCCCGCCGGUAGUGAAGCAGCUGACCCCAUCGACUUGACCACCAGCACAACCACAACCGAGUUCUCAUCUCCAACUAUCAGCACGAAUACCAGCACCAGCACCCCCUCUUCAUCCUCCUCACCCACCGCGCCAACAAACUCAAGACCACAACCCAAGUCUCAGCCACAGCAACAGCAGUCCCUCGCCCCCCUAACCCACAAACUAACCAACCACCUCCUCACAACCUUCGACCGCGUAAUCGCCCAGACGCUCGCCACGCACGAUGAAGUGGUCAAGAAAACCCCGAUAAUCAAGAUAAAGGGGAGACUGAAGCAGUACAGGCUGGUAAACGAUAUUUGGUCUAUUCUUACUGUACCGUUCCUUCACCGCCCCAACAACUGAAACUAUCGAUAACCUUCUUCAACUGCCUCGUCAACUUGCGGUUGAUGUCUGCUAUGCGGACGCCAUCCGUUUUGCUCGUCUUUUCUCCCUUCUUUUGGCGUUGCGUUCAUCCUUGUUGGCAAGGUACCUUUCCCUUGUCUUCGCAUUGCGUUCAUCCUUGU